GUACCACUAACUUUAGCACCACUAGCUAGUCAAAUGAGUUCCCCGCUCAAGUGGAGUUUAAUAGAAGUUGAUCGAUUUCGCAUCGUUGGCUAUGUUUAUGCAAGCGGCUGUAUAGUGUUUACAAUUAUUGAGAGUGUGGCAGCAGUGAAUUUGUUGAUUAGAGACGGAUGUGAUACAUAUGUAUACAUCAAACUACUAUUGGCACUGCUCUUCCUUACAUUUAAUAUUUUCCUCUUCAUUGGAAUUAGCACGGCUAAUCUGGCUAACGUGCAUGCGAAUACUGUAUUCACGGUACUCUUUGAUUUGAUAAUAAUGGCCAAUGUUGUGCUGAACUUAUCUUUCCGGAUAUGGAAUGAAGAAACACUGGAUAGGAAGAAGGAAGGAUUAGUAGCUAUGGUACUGGUGACGCUAUUUAUAGCCAUGUCAAUCUUCCAGCUGUGGGUACUUAGCGGAGUACGGCAGUACAUCAAACAUCGACGAAGAGUACAGGUUAUUGAAACCACUGCAUAACUGGCCUACGCUAACCAAAUUAGGUGGAAAUUUCUUUUUCAUGAAAUCAUUAAUAAGAAGCGAUGGUUAAGCAUGCAUAAGUUAUCGUUUUCACAAAUUGCACGCAUUAUGU